AUGGAAGAUCUGCUGAGGAAAGCCGCCAUGGAGCUGUGGACGUGGAUCGGAAGUGGCUUGGCCCCGAGGGCUGAGAGAGUUGGUGUUGCAAACAGAUUCGGCUAUUCCAACAGACAACGUGUGUGGCCGGCACACUUGCAACAGCUAUCGUUCGGGUCAAACUUCAAUCAGCCGAUUGCCGGUGUCGCAUGGCCGUCCUCCCUGCAACACCUAUCGUUCGGGAAAAGAUUCAAUCAGGCUAUUGCCGAAGUCAUGUGGCCGCCCUCGCUGCAACAGUUAUCGUUCGGAGAUGGCUUCAAUCAGCCUAUUGCCGCAGUGGUUUUGCCGGCGUCCCUGCAACGAUUAUCGUUCGGGUUCUGCUUCAAUAAGCCUAUCGCCGGAGUCGCGUGGCCGGCGUCCCUACAACAGCUUUCGUUCGGGAAAAGAUUCAGUCAGGCUAUUGCCGGAGUCAUGGCAAGUUUCAAUCAGCCCAUCGCCGGAGUGGUGUUGCCGGCAUCCCUGAAACAGCUAUCGUUCGGAGCAUGCUUCAAUCAGCCUAUCGGCGGAAUCGCUUGGCCAGCGUCCCUGCAAGAGUUAUCGUUCGGGCACGACUUCAAUCACCCUAUCGCCGGAGUGUUGUGGCCGUCCUCCCUGCAACAGCUAUCGUUCGGGCACGAGUUCAAUCAGCCUAUUUCCGGGGUUGUGUGGCCGCCCAUUGCCGGAGUCGUUUGGCCGUCCUCCCUGCAAGAGUUAUCGUUCGGGCACGACUUCAAUCAGCCUAUUUCCGGGGUUGUGUGGCUGGUUUCCCUGCAGCAGCUAUCGUUCGGGUCAAGAUUCAAUAAGCCUAUCGCCGGAGUCGUGUGGCCGGCGUCUCUGCAACAACUAUCGUUCGGGUUAUAUUUCAAAUCAGCCCAUUGCCGGAGUCGUGUGGCCGUCCAACCUGCAGGAGCUAUCAGUCGGGAGACUCUUCGAUCAGCCUGUCGCCGGACCCGCGUGGCUUUCCUCCCUGCAGCAGCUUUCGUUCGGGUCAAGAUUCAAUCAGUCAAUUGCCGAAUUAGUGUGGCCGUCCUCCCUGCGGCAUCUUUCGUUCGGGCGCAAAAAAUAUCGUUCGGGGACCGCUUCAAUCAGUCUAUCGCCGGAGUCUUGUGGCCAAAUUCGCUGCGAUCUGUGACACGUGGUGGAAGAAGCCUGUUGUGA